AUGGGGCCGUGGUGGUGGCCGCUGCUCUGGUACUUGCACGUGGCGCUGGUCCAUGGCACCGUCCUCGCGGAGGGCCAGCGGCCGCAGGGGAGACCCCCCCAGCCGGCGGGAUGGUCCCCGGCCCCAUCGUCCUCCUGGGCGCCCACGCUGGAGCCGGGAGCAUCGGGGGACCCCGAGGGCUCGGCGGCGGCACUGGCUUUCCUGCAGACGGGCGAUGCGCAGCGGCUGGCCCGGGCCAACUGCAGCCGGGGCGUCGCGGCGGGGGCUCCCAGCCCCGGCCCCCCCCCAGUGCUGCGUGCCGCCCUGCGUGCCGCCCCUGAGGCACUGGCCCACGCCGCCAACUUCCUCAACAUGCUCUUCCAGACCAACGACAUCCGCGAAGCCAGCGUGGCCGAGGACGUGGAGUGGUACCAGGCGCUGGUCCGCAGCCUGGCGGAGGGGCACCCAUGGGUGCGCCGGGCGGUGCUCGCCCUCGACGCCCACCCGCUGGCCGCCAAGCCCCGGCUGAUGCUGCAGGCCACCAAGGGGGACGACGAGAUCCUGCUGCAGGACAUCUCCGCUGCCGCUCCCAGCCUCGGCAACCUCAGCUGGGACAACGAAUGGUUCAACGCCCUCAAGUCCCAGCGGAGCCCCCUCCUCCAGAAGCGCCUGCUCAGCAACGACCUGCGCAGCAUGGAGACCCCCAAGUGGCAGCGGGGCGACAGCUACGUGGGGGAGCCGGGCCACGUGCGGUGGUCCCCGCCGUUCCUCGAGUGCCGGGACGGCCGGUUCCUGCCCGCCUGGGCAGUCACGCUCUCCUCCGCCUUCUACGGGCUCAAGCCGGACCUCAGCCCUGAGUUCAAGGGCGUCGUGCGGGUGGACAUCGAGCUGCGGGACGUGGCCAUUGACCAGUGCGCCAGCGGGCCGGGCUGGUUCACGGAUACGCACCACUGCGACCUCAACAGCACCCAGUGUGUCCCCCAGGAGAGCCGUGGCUUCGUCCUCGGGAGGUACCUGUGCCUCUGCAAGCCAGGCUUUUACGGGGCCAGCGGAGUGGCCGGCGGUGCCCGGGCAGGUGGGUGCCGUGCCUGGCCCUGGGGUCCCCCGGGGGCGGCCGGGGGGUCCCGGCUGGCGUGCCAGCCCUGCCGCCAGGGAUGUGCCACCUGCGAGGACGAUGCACCCUGCCUGAUCCAGGAGGACCGGGUGCUGCGGGCGGCCAUCCUCUCCUGCCAGGCCUGCUGCAUGCUGGCCGUCUUCCUCAGCAUGCUCAUCUCCUACCACUUCCGACGGAGCAAGAGGAUCCAGGCAUCGGGAGUCAUCCUCCUGGAGACCAUCCUCUUCGGGUCCCUCCUCCUCUACUUCCCUGUGUUCAUCCUGUACUUCAAGCCGAGCAUCUUCCGCUGCAUCGUCCUGCGCUGGGUGCGCAUGCUCGGCUUCGCCAUCGUCUACGGCACCAUCACCCUCAAGCUGUACAGGGUGCUGAAGGUGUUCCUGUCCCGCACGGCCCAGCGGGUGCCCUACGUGUCGAGCGGGCGGGUGCUGAAGAUGUUGGGGCUGAUCCUGCUGCUGGUGCUGUGGUUCCUGGCGGCCUGGACCAUCGGGAUGCUGGAGAACGUCGACAAGAACAUCCCGCUGGUGAUCCGCACCCAGACCGCCCGCGGGCUCCACUUCUACAUCUGCGGCCAUGACCGCUGGGACUACAUGAUGGUGAUCGCUGAGAUGCUGUUCCUGCUGUGGGGCAGCUUUCUGUGCUACGCCACGCGUGCCGUGCCCUCCGCCUUCCACGAGCCCCGCUACAUGGGCAUCGCGCUCCACAACGAGCUCAUGAUCUCAGCCGCCUUCCACGUGGUCAGGUUCAUCGUGGUCCCCUCCCUGCACCCCGACUGGACCCUGCUGCUCUUCUUCGCUCACACCCAUGGCACCGUCACCACGACCCUGGCGCUGCUCUUCAUCCCGAAGUUCCUGCACGCCGGCUCGCCGCUGCGGGAGGAGAUCGCAGCUGAGGUCUACGAGGACGAGCUGGACAUGCGGCGCUCGGGCUCCUGCCUGAACAGCAGCAUCGCGUCCGCCUGGAGCGAGCACAGUCUCGACCCCGAUGACAUUCGGGAGGAGCUGAAGAAGCUUUACACGCAGCUGGAGGUGCACAAGACGUGGAGGAUGGCAGCCAACAACCCCCACCUCCCCAAGAAGCGCAGCUCCCGCCGCAGCCUGGGCCGCUCCAUCAUGCGCCGCGUCGCUGAGCUGCCCGAGGCUGCGGCACGCCGGCGCAGCAGGGGGGAGCGGGUGGGCACCCCGGCACGCCGCGGCUCCUCAGCCAAGCGACUCCCUGAUGCCAGCGGUGCCAGCCUGAGGAUGCGGGAUGACGGCUCCCGGCGCCGCACCGCAGCCCUGCGCAAGUCCCGCAGCACUGAGGGUCCCGUGCGGGAGCCCCGGGGAGGCUCGCCCAGGAAGAUGAUGGCGGUGACGGCCUCGGAGCACUCCGACAGCGAGUCCCUCGACGCUGCCCCACUCGUGUGCAAGUCGGCCAGCGCCCACAACCUUGCGGGGCACGGGCAGUCCCCCCUGCCCCACACAGCCCCCUUGCAGAAGUCGCUCAGCAUCGUUGCCGGUGCGCGGGAAGAGGCCCUGCUCGCCGCCAGCCGAGCUGCACGGGAGACGUGGCACACCCACCGGCACCUCUCUGCCCCGUCCUCGGAGCGCCCCACGGGCCAGGGACCCCCCAAGGAAGCUGGGAAGCCCCAAAGCCCCGGUGCAGCUGAUGCCCUCCCACCAGCCGGCUCCAGCCCCACUGAGGGGUGCUCCCAGGAGGACACGUCCCCCCCGGGUGAUGGCAAGGUGCAGAAACACGUCACCUACGCACCCAUCAAGAGCAUCAGCGUCGACAGCUCCCACAUCCCGGGGCGGGUCUGCCCCUGGGAGCUGGUCCAGGAGGAGAUCCUGAGCCAGAAGCAAAAAGCCACCAAAGCAGCAGACUCGGGGACCCCUGGUGAUGCAGCGGCCACCCCCCCCAGCCUCAAGCCGCCCUCCCAGAAGACCUCCCUCCGGGGCCUGGGACUCGCCAUCAAAGCCUUCAACCGCUCCAGGGGGAAAAGCAUCCUGAAGAGGAGGAGAGAGGGCGAGGGGAGCCUCAGGAAGAGGGGGUGCGAGCAGGAGGGGGGCAGCAGGAGGGAGAGGCCCAGCCUGGCAGAGACGUCGGCCAUGUCCCUUGGGGGGAUCGGCCGAGACCCUGCCACCAAAAGCCCCGUGUGGAGCAGUCAGAGGCUCGGCAGCGAGGCCGCCGCCUGCCCGGGGCAGGGGCAGAUGGUGCCCUGCCAGCACAACAACAACGCCGGCACUGCCUGGGAAGCCACAGGCUGGGGGUACGGCAGGGGAGAGGCAGAAGGACAGCGGGACAGCCCAGCCCUGGGGACAGGCAACCGGGAGAAACUGGCAGAGGAGCCCAGUGCUCCCCGGGGAGAUGUGGAUGCUGGCGAGGGCCCGGGGCCACCCUCAGGGGUGCACGAGGUCCCACCCAGCGUUGGCCACCAAGAAGGAGCUGAACAUCCCCAUGAAGUCUCAGCGGUGCCCAGCAGCGGGAAAGCACAGACACGUCCCUGGCAAGGAGCCGAGGCUCCCAUGGUGGAGCCGGGGAAGGAUGCUCCUGCGGCCAUUGUGAGGCUGAUCACACCGAAGCAAGGGGUGGCCGGGCCAGCUGAAGGGCUCGAGGCGGGCAGCAGGUCCACCCGACCCCAGGACCACGCGGACAUGGAGCAGCCAUCAGAAAAAGGAGCCUCGCUGCGCCGGGAGGGGAUGGCUUCCCGGGAGGACAGCGGGGUCCCGCCGGGUGGGCAGAGCCUGGCCAAGGUGCUGGAGAAGGGGGGCAGUGAGCCCAAGCCCCUCGGUCCAGGGGGGAGCCUGGGUGCCAAGAGGGUCCCUGCGAAGAGCUGGAGCAUGGAGGUGGCCCCGGCUGCAGCGGGGAAAGCCGGCAGCACAGCAGGCAGGCAGGCAGAGGUCUGUCCUGGGGAAACCCAGGCAGAUUCCAGCAUUAAAAUAGAAAUUUGCCCCUGGGAGGAGAGCGGGGGCAAGCGCUGGGAGCCAGGCAGAGCCCUGGGGAAGGGCGGCAGCGAGGGGGAUCCCGGCUGCCCCAGGGAAGAGCCGGGCAUGGAGAAACCACCAGCAAAAACCCCAGAGCUGCCCAAAGUGGCUUCGGAGACAGCAGGCAGCACAGAGGGCAGGACGGCUGAGGUUUGUCCGUGGGAAACCGGGGAAGGGGGAAGCUCCGCCAGAGCAGAAAUUUGUCCCUGGGACGAGGAGGGGGCUCAGCCGGAGCAAGAGAGGCGGGAAGGAGAGAGGAGGCAGCUGGCCAAGUGGGUCAAGAGCAUCAGACCAAAACCACUGGGUUUGCUGAGAGCGCAGGAGAGCGGGAGCAGCCUGCAAGCGCCCAGCCGGCCCUGGGGCAGCACCGGCAGCGAGGGACCCUGGCCGAAACCUGCUCCCAGGAGCUCCGAGCUGCCAGAAGUGACCUCGAGGAGCCCGGCGAGCGCACGGGCUUCGGUUUGCCCCUGGGAAGCAGCCAGAGCUGACAGCAAUACAGAAGAAGUUUGCCCUUGGGAAAGGGGAACAGCCUUAUCCGAUGCAGGAAAAUUAGAUGAUGGUGAAAUUUCUCAAGUGAAAAACGGGAUUUCCCCAUGGAGAGGGGCCCCGAGGGGCACGGGAGAGAUGGCUCCGGCUGCAGACAAGGGGAGCAGCCAGCGAGGAUCCCCCAGCCCUGGGGAAGGCGCGGAGCAGUCCGGCACAGGGCUCUCAGCAAAACACCCAGCUCUGCCCAAAACAUCACCUAAGCAAGCAGGAACCAUCGAUAGCAAAAAGGCCGACAUUUGUCCAUGGGAAGUGGAGGAUGAACCCCUUCCUAAAACACAAAUCUGCCCUUGGGAAGAGCCUGCAGCUCCAUCGGAGAAGGAGAGACCGAGUCAGGACACGCGUGGGACUUCCAAAGGGGAAAACAAACCAGGAUCUGGAGGACUUGAAGAUAUCAAAGCAAAGCUGGCAGAGAUGGGUGGCCAUCGGCCAGAGCACAGGGACACCGGGAUCUUUGCAAAGCUCAUUAGGAAAAGCCUGGAGUCCUCAAAAGCAGAGUCCAAGAAAACCCAGAGCGAGCAGAGCAUAAAGGAGGAGAUCUGUCCCUGGGAGAGCCUGGGCACAGAACAGUCCGCAGAACAAGCUGGUGCCAGGAGCCCAGCACUGCCCAAAUCGCCUUCAAGGAAAUCCCAGAGCAUGGGGAGCCUGAAGGCAGAGGUCUGUCCUUGGGAGCUUGAAUCCACAAAUAAAGCAGAAAUCUGCCCCUGGGAGGCGGCUGCUCCACCAUCAGGUAAAGAGAAAUCAAGACAGGACAAAAGCGCUCUGUCCGUGGUGAGCAAAAGCCCUUCUGCAGCUCAAGGACUCUGCAAAGAGAUUGGAGAUAGCACGUCUGGAAAGGAGGAGAGAGCAAGCAGAGACCACGAGUCCAUCUGUCCCUGGGAGAGCACAGACACAGAGGGCCCCUCCAUGGGGUACGGCACGAGGAGCACAGAGCUGCUGAAAGCCACUGCCGAGAAAUCGGAGAGCGUGGGGAGCACGAAGGCUGAGAUCUGUCCCUGGGAGAGCCUGGGCACGGAGCAGCCCCCAGCAAAACCCCACACUGGGAGCCCAGCGCUGCCCAAAUCGCCUUCAAGGAAAUCCCAGAGCGGAGAGAGCCUGAAGGCGGAGGUCUGUCCUUGGGAGGCUCCGGAGGUCGAAGCUGGUGGUAAGGCAGAAAUCUGCCCCUGGGAGGUGGCUGCUCCACCAUCAGGUAAAGAGAAAUCAAGACAGGACAAAGGUGCUCUGUCCAUAGUGAGCAAAAGCCCUUCUGCAGCUCAAGGACUCUGCAAAGAGAUUGGAGAUAGCACGUCUGGAAAGAAGGAGAGAGCAAGCAGAGACCGCGAGUCCAUCUGUCCCUGGGAGAGCACGGACACAGAGGGCCCCUCCAUGGGGUACGGCACGAGGAGCACAGAGCUGCUGAAAGCCACUGCCGAGAAAUUGGAGAGCGUGGGGAGCACGAAGGCUGAGAUCUGUCCCUGGGAGAGCCUGGGCACGGAGCAGCCCCCAGCAAAACCCCACACUGGGAGCCCAGCGCUGUCCAAAUCGCCUUCAAGGAAACCCCAGAGCGUGGGGAGCCUGAAGGCAGAGGUCUGUCCUUGGGAGGCUCCGGAGGUCGAAGCCACUGAUAAAGCAGAAAUCUGCCCCUGGGAGGUGGCUGCUCCACCAUCAGGUAAAGAGAAAUCAAGACAGGACAAAGGUGCUCUGUCCAUAGUGAGCAAAAGCCCUUCUGCAGCUCAAGGACUCUGCAAAGAGAUUGGAGAUAGCACGUCUGGAAAGAAGGAGAGAGCAAGCAGAGACCGCGAGUCCAUCUGUCCCUGGGAGAGCACGGACACAGAGGGCCCCUCCAUGGGGUACGGCACGAGGAGCACAGAGCUGCUGAAAGCCACUGCCGAGAAAUUGGAGAGCGUGGGGAGCACGAAGGCUGAGAUCUGUCCCUGGGAGAGCCUGGGCACGGAGCAGCCCCCAGCAAAACCCCACACUGGGAGCCCAGCGCUGUCCAAAUCGCCUUCAAGGAAACCCCAGAGCGUGGGGAGCCUGAAGGCAGAGGUCUGUCCUUGGGAGGCUCCGGAGGUCGAAGCCACUGAUAAAGCAGAAAUCUGCCCCUGGGAGGUGGCUGCACCUCCCUCCGAUCAACCAACGGCAAAGCAGGGUCCUGGUGCGGGGUCCAAGGGGGACAAGCGCAUCAGGCGCCAGGCAGCGUUAGCCAUCCCGGCGAGGUCCCUGGAGAAGGGCAGCAGCGAGCGAGAGGCCGUCUGCCCCUGGGAGAGCCUGGGCACGGAGCAACCCCCAGCAAAACCCCACACUGGGAGCCCAGCGCUGCCCAAAUCGCCUUUGAGGAAACGCCAGAGCGUGGGGAGCCUGAAGGCAGAGGUCUGUCCUUGGGAGCUUGAAUCCACCGAUAAAGCAGAAAUCUGCCCCUGGGAGGCAACUGCACCUCUGCCAGAGAAAGCAGCAGCCCCGGGUAAGGCGAGCCUCCCACCAAAAAAAGCAGGAGCCUCCAAAGCACUGGAGAAGAGGAGUAGCAAGUGCGAGGCCAUCUGCCCCUGGGAGAGCCUGGGUACGGAGGAGACCUUCCUGAAAACUGCAAUGGGGAAACAGCCGUCCAAGAAGUCUGACAGCACAGAGAGCAAGAAAUCUGAUAUUUGCCCCUGGGAAGGAGCAGAGCCCACCGGCUUGGAGAAAGAAAGCUUCAGACCAGGCAUGCACCCACAGGGAGCCGACAGAGCAUCCCCCACGGGGAUGGGAAGGUCAAAGCCUGUGGCAGGAGCCAGCGCCGUGUCUCCAACAGCUCUGCUGAACAAAUCCAAGGGCAGAUUUGACGGCGAGGCUGAGCAUAAGCCCCUGUGCCGCAUCCUGCCGGGCAUCCAGCCCCCACGGGGCCCCAGGGCAGAGCCGCUGCCUCGGGGAGCGAGCAUGGCUCCCGCGGCGGGCGGCAGCCCCAGCCCAGGCGCUAGCACAGCCGAGGUACCUGGCCCAGCACAGGGCCCCCUUGGUCCAAGCCGGGCACCUGAGUACAUUAAAACACCCGUGGUGCCAGCCUCGCUCGCUUCUAUCGACACAGCGGACACAAAGCUGCAGCUUGCUAGAGACACUCUCCCGCAAGCUCUCCGGCAGUUGAACAUCCUCCGACUGCAUGGGGAAGCUUCUGCCUCCAGCACAGCGAGGAACGGCUUGCCUGGCACCCCAAAAUACGCAGUCCUGCAGCCGCAGCAAGCUGGACGCUCGGAGGACCCCGCAGCAAGCUCUCCAUCCUAA